UCCCUCUCCGGUAGCCGCCUCUCACUUUCUCCGAUACCAAAACAGCUUGUUUUGUUCACCCAUGGAUUUCCACACUCUCACCAGGAAGGCUCUCCAGGCUUUGUGCAAGCAGAACGGAAUCCCAGCUAACAUCACCAAUGUCGCCAUGGCCGAUUCUCUCAUGGCUCUUCCACAUGUUGAAGGGCUUGAAGAGUUGUUGAACCAAUCUCCAGAGAAAAUCAUGACUGGAUCAGCGAGUGUCUCUCGUACUGCGGCUAGGACCACCACUAGGCGUGCUGCGACGAAGAAGACUGUUGGUGAAGAGGUGGACAAGGAAAAGGCUGAGGUUCCACCUAAGACGCCUGCUGCUCCAAGCACCAGGAGGAGGGUUCCAGCUGCUUCAGCUUGCCAGAAGACGGAGACUGUAGCAGAUUCAACUUCUGUGCAGUGUGCUUAUAGCACCCGGCGGUCAGUGAGGUUGUUGGGGAAGACCAUGUCUAAGAUGAGCCUGGAUAAGGAUAACACCAUGGCUUCUAGCAUUGAUGAACUUUCUGUAGAUACCAUGGAUUGCUCAGAGCAAUCUGAGAGCUCAGUUGUUAAGGGAUCAGAUAUGCAGACGGUAUCAGAGGGAAGAUCAAACGGACUUGAUGCUAGUGAAGUGUUGUCGGAGCUAAAUUCAAACGGACAAGUUGUGGAUGAAACUCUGGUGAAGGUUAACAAGAUGGAUGUGACUGAAGUGCAGGAAGAGGGUCCAAUGCAGGGUUCGAGAACGGAAUCUGAGGUGCCUACUUUAAAGGCAGCUUCAGAUGUCAUUAUGAUUUCAGAGGUUAUGGAUGAAUCUUGUGAAGAGAGCUCAGCUGAUAAGGAACCUCAUAGUGAAGGAGCACAGGAUGCGGUAGUUGGCAAAGUGUCUGAUGAUGUUAUUGCUGCUCCAUCUGUAUUGCCACAAGUAAAUGAACCACCAACUGAUGUGAAGAGUGUUGAGCUCAUUUCAUCAAUUCUCAGUUCCACUCCUACUAAGAGUCCGGCAAACAAAACUUCUGAUGUGAAUGUGGCUGCCACCAUACCAGAGCCUAAAGAAGCUCCCGAGACUGAGGCAUUGGGUGAUUACAGUGGAAAAUUUGAUUUUGAAUCUGGUUCCUGCAUCGAAAGAGAAUCUGAGGACGAAGGCUCUGAAGAUGAGUCGGUGGAUGCAGCUUCAUCUGAGUUUCAGGAUAACAUGAAUAAUAUCAGUGAAGCAAGUGAAGAAGAAGCUUCUGAUGAUGAAAGCACUGAAGAAGAAUCUAGUGAAGAGGAAGACUCGGAUGAUGACAUCACUGAAGAAGAAUCUAGUGAGGAUGAAUCAGAAAAGCAAAGUGCUCAGAAGAGCUUGAUUGUUGAAACUGCUAAUGCUAAGGCAGAAGUGACUCAAACAUCCUCACCUUUGCCGUUUAACCUUGCAACUCAGUUUCCUCGUCCAACUUCAGCAAAGUCUUCUGGCAAAAAGAGACCAGAAACUGCAAUGUACUUCUCUGAUGACAAUGAGGAAAGCUUGGACAAUAGCACUGAGAUGGACAAGGAUGAGGACCUUGAGGAAGUUGAGAUGAAGAAGGAACAUGUUGCAAAGGAGACUAUGAAGGAAUUUGAGGCUAAGAGUCUAAGGGAGCUGAAGAAACUGCUGAAAAGUCGACUGAAUAUUGGGGACACCAAGGUGGUAGAUAAGGGGAGAGUAAUAGUUUAG